AUGGAGGUGGAGACAAGAAGAGUUUUCAUAGAUGGAUGCCAGCUUGGGUGCAGGCCGACGAGGAGCCGGGGUGGCAGUGUCUACCGGCAGGAGUCAAUCAGGAGCAUCCCUCGCAUUGGCACGCUCUGGCUUGGCGGCUCGGACGCAGCCAGGCUGGGCAGCUGGCAGCCAGGAGCCGGGCAGGGGCCAAGCAGAGGUCUGGGGAGGCUACGCGCCUCGCGCCUAGAGGGGCGGCGUCCUGGGCUCGCCCCCCGCGGGCCCUCUAGGGCUCAGGUCCCUCCACCGCCCGGUAGCCGUUCGCACGAGCUUGCAGACGGAGCUCCAGGUCGCACGGCCCCCAGCUGCGCAGCCCCAGCAGCCCACCCCCUACCCCGGGCCGGGGCGGGGCUGGGGCGGAGCCGGGGGCGGGUCCGGGGAGGGAUUGGGAACCGGGUGGGGACUCGCAGCUGGCGGCGAGAGAGGAGAAGGAGGCGGUCCCCGGGCGGGGGGCGGGAGGGGGCUGGAGAGGGGGGAUUCGAGGCACGCUGCCGUCCCGCCCCCCGUCCCCUGCCCGCCUCCCUUCCCAACCCCAGGAGCCCGGGAGCAUGGACCAAAAAGCCGCGGCUGCACCGGCAGGAUGCAGCUCGCCCGGUUCGGGGUGGCUCUGUUCUUAGGGGCGAUCUCCGGAGUGGUCAGUUUCGAUCCGAUGCUCAGUUCUUCCGUCCCCCUGGCCACCCAGCCGCUGCUGCGGAAGCCCCGGGGCCAGGAGGCUUUGCCCCGGGUCCCGCGUCCCCUGCGGGCGCUCGCCGCCCAGCGCCUGCUCGCCGCGCCGGCAGCCGCCACAACUUUUGUCGGAGCCUGCAGGGCGGAGGGCGACCCUGGUGCUUCUACGAGAACGCCCCCGGCCAGGUGGACUGGGGCUACUGCGACUGCAGACACGGGGCAGUACGGCUUCGAGGUGGCAAAAAUGAGUUUGAAGGAACAGUGGAAGUAUAUGCACACGGUGCUUGGGGCACAGUGUGUAGCAGCCACUGGGAUGACUCCGAUGCAUCCGUCAUUUGUCACCAGCUGCAACUUGGAAGACAAGGAGUAGCAAAAACAACACCGUUGUCUGCCCUGGGCCUCCUUCCUGUGCACUGGAGCAACGUUCAUUGCCGAGGAGAUGAGGAAAACAUCCUGCUGUGUGGGAAAGAUGUCUGGCAGGGCCAGGCAUGUCCUCAGAAGAUGGCAGCUGCGGUCAUGUGUAGCUUUUCCCGUGCCCUCACCUUCCCAGUCCUCCGCCUUGCUGGAGGGAGCAGCGUGUAUGAAGGCCGCGUGGAGGUCUACCACGGGGGUCAGUGGGGAACCGUUUGUGACGACCAGUGGGAUGAUGCGGACGCCGAGGUGGUCUGCAGGCAGCUUGGUCUCAGUGGCAUUGCCAAAGCAUGGAACCAGGCAUAUUUUGGGGAAGGAUCUGGCCCCAUCAUGUUGGAUGAAGUCCGCUGCACUGGGAAUGAGCUCUCUAUUGAACAAUGUCCCAAGAGCUCCUGGGGAGAACACAACUGUGGCCAUAAAGAAGAUGCUGGCGUGUCCUGCACUCCUUUGACAGAUGGGGCCAUCAGACUUAUAGGUGGGAAAGGCAGCCACGAGGGUCGCUUGGAGGUGUAUUUCAAAGGACAGUGGGGCACUGUCUGUGAUGAUGGCUGGACAGAACUGAACACAUAUGUGGUUUGCCGACAGCUGGGAUUUAAAUACGGCAAACAGGCCUCAGCAAGCCAUUUUGAAGACAGCACCGGGCCCAUUUGGCUGGAUGAUGUCCGCUGCUCGGGAAAGGAGACCAGUGUCCUUCAGUGCUCCAGGAGACAGUGGGGAGCACACGACUGCAGCCACCGGGAAGAUGUUGGCAUCGCCUGCUACCCGGCCGGCCAGGGACACAGACUUUCUCAGGGUUUUCCUAUCCGACUGAUGGAUGGAGAAAAUAAGAAGGAAGGACGAGUGGAGGUCUUCAUCAAUGGCCAGUGGGGAACAAUCUGUGAUGAUGGAUGGACUGAUAAGGAUGCAGCUGUCAUCUGUCGACAACUUGGUUACAAGGGUCCCGCCAGAGCAAGAACCAUGGCUUAUUUUGGGGAAGGCAUAGGACCCAUCCAUGUGGAUAAUGUGAAGUGCACGGGAAAUGAGAGAUCGUUGGCUGACUGCAUUAAACAGGAUAUUGGAAGACACAACUGUCGCCACAGUGAAGAUGCAGGAGUUAUCUGUGAUUACUUUGGCAAAAAAACAUCAGCUAGCAGUAAAAAAGAUUCCCUUACAUCUGUGUGUGGUUUGAGGUUACUGCACCGUAGACAGAAGAGGAUCAUUGGUGGGAAAAAUUCUUUAAGGGGCGGUUGGCCUUGGCAAGUUUCCCUUCGGCUGAAGUCGUCCCAUGGCCAUGGCAGGCUCCUUUGUGGAGCCACCCUCCUGAGUAGUUGCUGGGUCCUGACAGCAGCUCACUGUUUCAAGAGGUAUGGGAAUAGCACGAGGAACUAUGCUGUCCGGGUCGGGGAUUAUCAUACCCUGGUGCCUGAGGAGUAUGAAGAGGAAAUUGGGGUGCAGCAGAUUGUGAUCCACCGGGAAUACCGACCCGAUAGCAAUGACUAUGACAUUGCCCUGGUUAGAUUACAAGGACAAGAAGAACAAUGUGCCAGAUUCAGUAGCCACGUUUUGCCAGCUUGUUUACCACUCAAAAGGGAGCGGCCACAGAAAACGGCUCCCAACUGUUAUAUAACAGGAUGGGGUGACACAGGACGAGCCUAUUCAAGAACUCUGCAGCAAGCAGCCAUCCCACUGCUUCCCAAGAGGCUUUGCGAAGAACGCUACAGGGGUCGGUUCACAGGGCGGAUGCUGUGCGCUGGAAACAUCCGGGAACACGGACUUGUGGACAGCUGCCAGGGAGACAGCGGAGGACCACUUAUGUGUGAACGACCUGGAGAGAGCUGGGUGGUUUUUGGGGUGACCUCCUGGGGUUAUGGAUGUGGAGUCAAGGAUUCUCCUGGUGUUUACACCAAGGUCUCAGCCUUUGUUCCUUGGAUAAAAAGUGUCACCAAAAUAUAACUGUUCAUGGAAAUGGCAAGAAAAAAUAUUUGAAGAACAAGAUGGAAAAAUUCUCCAUCGCUCCGACUGUUGCUGAGCCCAAGGUGACAACGGGGGACUGAUCUUGAUGUUUCUGCUGUUGUGUGAAAAACGUUGGGUUUCAGGCUCGUGUACCCCUCGCUGCUUUUGAAGAGUUGUGAUGUGAACAUUCUGGUUAUAGAUACCUCAGUGUAAUACGAUCCUUAAUUACCACUUGGCUACUCAAGUGUCACUACAUUCUUUCGUUUCAUUCCCCAGAUUUUACAUCAAGCCUUUUAUACUUGUUAAUUUCCUAAAAUCCAAUCAAUGUGUAUGGACUAAGAGACAUCUGUCAUGAUAAAAUAUGCUUUACUGCACUCAAAAUAAGAAUGCCAUUAUUUUCAAUGUAUGUAUUGUUGUAAACUCAGUUUCUCAAAAGGC